CAGUGGGGCUGCGGAAACUGCGAUGCCUCAGAUCUGCCCUGCCCCUCUUCCAAUCCGCUUGGCUUUCUCGGCUGCUGGCACUGACUCCGUCCUUCAGAAGCCUCCUGUGUGCUAGAAACGCUCUCAGCACCUGCUUCCCGGAGCCGCUGUGUUUCCCAGACAGCACGCGAGGAUGCGUGGUUGCCACGAGACCGUCGCUAAGCAACCGAAUCCACACAAACUCCUGGCGCGCCGGGCCAGGUCGCGUCAAUAUGGCGGCUCAGGGCGCCACCUCGAGCUCCCGGUCCGAGGGCUCGUCUGCAUCGGUGUCGCCUCCAGAACUGCCUCCGACCCGGUCCUCGACCUCGGUUGCAGUUUCGAAGUCGCCCCUGGAGUCGAAGGCGAGCACCCCGAGUCCUCCGCCGCGCGGGCCCGGGCCCGAGAACACGCUGCCCGCCGCCGUGUUUUACGGGCCGCUGGACGCGAGGAACCCGCUCCUGGCCUCUUGCGAGAGGGACAUCCGCGAGCUGCUGGGCUUUGUGAAGAAGAAGGCUUCGGCGACAACCGAGGAACAGAGGCAGGAGUUUCGUGAGCGUUGUGCCACCACUUUGUUCAAUAUCUGGACCAAAUACGCCCCCCGGCUGCCAGCUGACUAUUACAAUGAAAAGCUGCUGAAGGUUGGAGAUGGCCUUUGUGACAUGAAAGAAUACAAACUGGCCCUUUUGCAGUGCUAUGGAAGAUAUCUUCAGCAGUUUGGUUCCCACUUUGAUGAGACUAAAGCAGAUGUGAAUCAAUUCAAGACUGUCUUUUUCCCAAAAGGCUUUGAAGAUAAAACUGCUAGACUUACAUUUCAUGCUUUGUACGGCAAAAAUAUUUGCAACUACCAGCUGGUCUGCGACAGUGACAUGAACCUGCAGAAUAAGGACUCCGUGAGCCAGUGUCUGCAUGUCCUGUCUUCCCUGAGGCUCAUCAUGCAGGUGGCUCUGCCUCAGGAGCAACUUUGCUGGAUUGUCUUCAAUGGUACCAUUUAUAUUUACACCAUUUGCAGAAAACUGAUGGUCAUAGGUUAUUCUUCCAAGGCCUUGGAGUACCUGCUGUGGGCCAGCGUGUGCAUGGAGUCCUCCGUCCCUCUGCUGGCCGCCAGGCACCUCUCCUGGAGGGUCACCCUCUACGCCGCGGUGUGCCAGUGCUACUAUGACUGCCAGGCCAGCGUCCACGGCGAGGCGUUUGCUCGGCGUGCACUAGCUAAAAUUGAUGAACUAAGGCAACUGGAAUUAAUGAGCUCCACACAGUCCCAGGAAGAAUCCAAAAGGCAGUACAGAGAGGCUGCGAUAAAGAUGGCGGUGAUGAUCUUCAAAAGAGGAGUAUUCGAAUCUAGGAGAAAAAGCAAAGCUUAUUUUAGACCAAAGACGAGAAUUAACCUCAAGGAAGCACAAAGUUUGUCAUGGCCACGGACCGCCACGGAACGCCUGCUGGAUGAGAUGUUUGACAGCACCGCCUCCAAGUUUCUGGCUGUCGUGGAAGCUCUUUCUGAUUCGAAUCGGCGGACACUGCAAACAGGGCCUCUUGCCACUGACGAGGUGGAGCUGCGCGACGUUGUCUCAGAGCUGUUUAUAUCAGGAAAAGAACUUUUGAUAAUUUCCAAUACUGGUGCACGUGGAACGCUUGAUUUUCCAAAAAUAUCUCUUCUGGAGCUUAUGAUAGAAAGAAAAAAUAUUAUUUCUAUGGAUGUUGCCGUGAAAUUUAUAAAACUGGCCUUUACCUUUGAAGAAUGGGGUUUAUUUGAGUCUGCAGCUGGGCAGCUUUCUUCCUUUUUCCAGAGGCGGCAAGAUCCAGAGGCAAAGAAAGCAGAGAAGGACCUAACGCUUCUGCUCACCAUGGAGCCUCUCAUCAACGUAAAGAGAAGCAAAGGGUUGAUCUUUCCUUUGGAAAACUAUAAAGAAGGACAGGCAAUUCAACUUUAUUUAAAAAAUAUCGGUUUUGAUGGUGCUUCUGUGAAUGUGUGUGGAUAUGCAGAAGAUGUUUUUCAUUUGGCAGCAGUCCUGCAUUUCUGUAUCUGUACCUCUCCCCAGAAUGUUCAGCCUGAUAAAGAAAUUGUUGAGGACACAAUAAUGUUCUUAUGGCAGAGAUGCAAACUAGGAAUUCAUCGGAUCAGUUUGUCCAGAAAUGACUUCACAAAGUGCGCCCACAAAAUCAGCACUAACAAAUGGGUGUAUCUUCUGUGGCAGAUAAAUGAAAUGAUUCACGGCUGUGAAAUGGAAGACGUUGACUUGGUGGUGGUGGCGGAGGUCACGUUAAGAUUAACUGAAAUAUUAGAGUUUUUCGGAAGCUCCAGAGGAAAGCAUAAGAAGUCUCUAGACACACCCUUAAGAAAAGGGUUUGAAGAGCUCCCGGGGACUCCAAAAGGGAUCCUGGAACUCCUCCCAAUAUUAAAGAAAACAUCUGUGGAGCAGUUGUUUUUUGCUUAUGAACUACUUGACAAAGCAAUUGGUAGAAUGAAUUUGAAUUACGUGUUAACUACUUUGGCAAAUGGAUCAUCAGUGAUUGACCACUGCUAUGUCAAGUGUUCCCAUGAUGGAGAUGGAGACACUUACCAACCAAUCUCAGAAAACACCUUCAUGAUGGAUUUACAUCUUGAACUCAUUCAAGCCCAGCACCGAAUUGCCGUUCUUCUACUUGGCCAGUUGCAAGUUUUGCAGGCUUCUUCAGUUAGCAAAACUAUUUCGGCCAAAAGUUCAGAGAAGCUAAAGCAAUCUGGAAACACUGAUUGUUUUACAGAAUUAAGUGUAAUGAAUAAAAUAAAGAAAAAUAAGCUAUCCAAAGCAAUUUACCUCAUGCAGAAAGCUCUUUUCGUAUUUGAGAAUGAUCCAACCUCUACAUGUUCACAGAACUUUUUGACGGAAGCAUAUUCUUUAAUUGAGAAGACUGAAGCAGAACAAAGCGCAUUGUUCUCAUAUCAGAAAUAUUUGCAAAGUUCAAAAAUAAAGAAAAGCAGAGUCCCUCCUCCUCCCAUCUUCCUCGCCAGGACUCAUUGUUCUGUGACUCUCAAACCUGCUCCGUUUGUUUCAGAUGCUGAGGUGUCCUGGUACUGCAUUUUGGGUCGCAAGGCCGAAGGAAGCUAUGGAAAAGUGAGGCUGAACAACCAUCACCUCCCGAAUUCAGCAGAAGCGAUACCAGCUGAUGGCAAAAGCAUCUUUGAAGUGAGAGGUUUAGAAGCUAAUGAAAAGUACGUGUUUGCAGUGGCUGCUUAUUCUUCUAAUGGAAAGCUUGUUGGUGAUGCAGUCGGAGACACAAGCAAACCCAUCCUGGUGUAUCCGUCGCUCUCUGCUGUGACUGCUCGGAUGCACCUAACACAGGUUGCCUACCAGAUUGGCCACUAUGAGCUGGCUAAGAAGGUUUUCUCACCGGUUUGGGAUUAUUUUAUUGCUUCUCCAUCUCAAGAUGAACAAUCCUGCGUUUGUUUAAGCAAUAUAAUGAUGACUACACAGACAAGGUUACGUUCAGAUAUUUUGGCAGAGGCUUCUUCUAUCCUCUUAUACGUUUUUCUUAGGAAUAUCUUUGUAACAAUUGACAUUAAAAUUAAAGAAGAAAACCUUUUCUGUGAUAAUAUUAAAGGCAAUCAAAUUUUCCCUGCUCAACAAAUUGCUAGACUGAAGGAAUGUGAGAGGAUAUUAGUGGCACUGGAACUUAGCAACUUCCUGAAUGAUUCCAGUUAUGCCCUUCAAGCUGUGACUCAAUGCUACGGCCUUCUUGCCCCUAUAAUAUAUCACAGUAUUGCUUUGGUACCUGUUGUACAGAUCUUGAUAAAGUGCAUGGUGGUUUUGCAAGGGCUGCCAAAUAUUGCCUACUUGAAGAAACACAUUGGAAGUUUUGAAAGUGUGCAGCACAUGAUAGCUUGCUGUAUCUUCUACUUAACAAAGACUCUACGUUCAUGGAAAGAGUGUGACCUAGCAGUGAUGAUUAUAAAUUAUGGAAAAAAGAUGUUGGACAUCACGCCAGCAUGCAAAUCUGUAUUUGGUAAAAGUGACCCAGAAGAAAUGCUAGACGAGUUCUCUUCUUCUAAGAAAAUUCUAAAAAAUAAGAAGCCCCCUCAGACAUUGUCGCUGGAAAAAAUGAGUGAACAGCUGGCGUUGCUGGAGACACAUCUGCUCAAGAUGACAAAACAAUAUACUGUACCCGAACUCUCAGGAACUGAAGACCCUAUAUUUCUUUACUCUGUGGUUUUGAACUGGUCGGUGAAGGGUGCUGUGAAAGAAGUUAUGAAGUUUAAGCAAAGACCCAGAUUCCUGGAAUUCUUCACACACAUUAUGCUUAAAUGUAUCAAUGAUGAAAAAUUUCACAUCCUGUUGGAGAUAACAACACCUGUCUGUGACUUCUUGAAAAGGAGGAAUGAAUCCCUACUUGGAAUAAAAAAAAUAAAAAUGAAGGAUACUCUUGGAAAGACCAGUGUACCUUUGAAGUUCAAAACUUCAGCAGUAGACUUUGGAGCAAGUACAGAAACAGUAUCAAGAAGAAAAAGUAAAAGAAAGGAAACUUUAAAAGAUUUGUAUACCAGGAAUCCAUCCAUUCUUGAAUUGCCAGAAUUUGAAAGAAACAAGAGAUCCGAUGUUAGAAAAGUAGCUUAUCAAUGCCUGAUGGAACGCUUGAGUCCUCUAGUAUUAAGUUAUGUGAGAAGAAAAAGGUUUCGCCAAAUAUUCCUCGAGGAGAUGCCCUGGAGAGCUCAGAUGAACUUGUUUCUGGCAGUCACACAUUUUUACCUGUUUUUGCAAAGGUUCGGGGAGCGUAAUAAGACGAAAUCUGGCAUUUCGCAUGUGGCGGUCAGUUUCCGAUCAUGUGAUCCUAAUUUAUUCUCACUCUACAAUUCAGGAACAGUAUUACCAACAGGAAAAAUGACUGUAGAAAAUUAUAAAGCAGUGCUUGAUUUUCCCCUUACAGCUAAGAAAAGAAAAGCCAACUUACCAUCAGAUGCUGCAGAAUUUUCUGAGUUUGCUAGUUGCAGAAGUAAAGAAGAAAAUAUGUCCAAGGCACCAAAAGUUCAUGACUCUGACUCUCCAAAGGACCGAGCACCAAAUUUGGGACAGGAGCAUUUUAUGAAAAUCUUUUUAUAUUGCAGGAGAGCAAUGGUUCUUGCCCAUCGAGGGGGCUACUGGACUCUGCUUCAGAACUGCUGUCGGGCCUUCUGGAACUUUACCCAGGAGUUGCAGAUACUUCUUAACCAGACAGUGGAUUUGUAUAAGACAUUUCCUGUGAGCCAUGAUGGUUUCCUCUGUAUCUCUGUCUUAGCGUUCUAUUUGGGAGCAGAUUUACUUAUUGACAUGUUAGUACAACUACAAAAUACCAAUUCUAUUCAGUCUGUUGAAGACAAAGGAGAAUUCAGUGUUCCAAGCUGUUACGGGAAUAUCAAAUAUGACAACGGAGGCUCUAGCCUCACUUUUGAGGACCCUUUGGACGAUGUUAAUGUGGUUGAUUUGAAAUGGAUCCAUGACUUUGUGCUAAAAUCACUGGAAGUUUUAUAUCAAGUAGAAAAAUGGGAAACUCUAGUGUCACUUGCCAUUCAGUUCAAUAUGAUUUCCCAUGAGAGAUACACAGAACAGGUGACGCCACUCCUGGUCUAUGCCCAGCGUCAGCUUCUUCUGAGAAUAGAGAAGUUCAAGGGCCCAGAUGUUCCCCAACAAGCUUGUGCAAGGUUUGAGGCUGAACAUGGGAUGAAGAUCACCUGCCGAAAUUUCAUGGGGAAGCAGCUGAAGAUUGAUUCUCCUCCGCCCAGCACAGUAAUGGAUGCAAGAGGCCCUACAGACUUACUGAAAAUGCUCGUCCAUUCAGAAUACAACCGAGCGAAGCAGCUUGUCUGUGUACCUGUGGAUGUGACAGAUACUUUGAGAUGCUUUAGAGAGACCUUGGAAAAGUCCAAAUACCAUAACAGAUCAUUCCGACACAGCAAAAAGUUACUUUCUUUACUGCUUGCACAGACACAAGGAGAGAAAGGAGGAGUGAACAGUGUAAAAUUGUCUUCUGGGAAAGUGGAAUUUUGUCUGGGGAUAGAAGAGAUCCACAUGUCAACACCCCCUGACCUUUCUCAGGAGCAGUUCAGAGUUUUUAGUUCAGUGGAGAAAAGCAAACUUCCCUAUUCACAGCUCGGAUUGGUAAUUUCUUCUUAUCACCAAACGAUUGAUGUUCUCCAAGCCAGCAAUCAAAGAAGCCUUAAAGUUCAGGCCUUGCACGCACUUGGAAGUCUUCUCAUCUUUGCAGGAAAGAAAAGGGCUGCUUUGAAGUGUUGGUGUCAAGCUCUUGAUGACAUAUUCAGAAAACCAGAUGUGCUGCAUACCUGGAGAGAGUUGGGUGCCUCCCUCCCCACUGCCACCAGCCAGUACUCACCCGUGGGCUUCAAAGACUACAGUGAGGAGUUUCUGUCAAAAGUUGGCAUUUGGGGGUGUUUGCAAGGUGCGGUCAUAUCAGCGAAGAUCGCACAGUUUAUUAAAACAGUGAACAUUAAGAAGAGAAUCAACUGUUGCAUUCUGUCUGCAUUGCUCUUCCAGGGUUUGCUUCGAACUACGCUUCCACAUCCUAAAGCUGCACGUUGCUAUGCGCAUUAUGAAGUCACCCAGCUCCUCCCAGGCCUCGAGCUUUUCUCAGAUAUCCUCAGGGCUGACGUCUGCUCUGUGGUCAGCAGCUUGUACUACGUUAUCCGCGAGCUACACUUUGUUAAGCACAAUCUAAUAGUUCUGCCUCUCCUUGCAUUGUAUCAAUAUUUUGUUUUUGGCAUUUGCCAAGAUCUAGUCAGAAGUCUAGAAGCAAGAAUCCUCAAGGUAGAAGUUCUUAUUGAUUUAAGCUUAUUUUCUGAAGCCUUUUUUGAGCUAUACCAGAUUUCUUAUGGAAGAAAUAUGCCUUCCUCAAUACCUUCCUGUUGUAAAGUUCUUCCAAAGUCUAAGCCACCUCAGUCAUUUGACUCAGGAAAACCUCUCACCAGUAGAGAAAAUAUGCAGGCACUUGAAGAAAUAGCAACGAAAACCUUGCCUCAAUUUCUGGUCACCGUUGGCCAACAGCAUCUUUUAAAUAAGUUUUGCUUCAUGAAGGCCUAUUUCCUCAUCAGUGUGGCUGCGACAAUAAACUGUGUGCCGGAUAACUCAUUGAAAACUCUCUACUCAGAGCUUGCUGAGAAGAGGAGCAAACUGAAUGUUACAAACUUGAUAGAUCUCUACUUAAAGGAUGACAGAGGCUCAUUUUGUCAGUUUAUAAAAGUUAAAGAUGAGUCUACUUUUAGCAUGAUAAAGGGGGUUUUACUGAUGGAGGCAGAAGAUCAGCUGAACUCGCUUGUGUCCGAGGUGGAACAGCGCACAGGCCUCAAGGACCUCUCUCAGUGCUCUGCUGGCGAGCUGGAGACCGUGGUGGAGGCCAGGCUUCAGCUGGCAGCAAUCGCCCUGCAGUGGCACCGGGCAGCAUACAGUGCUGCGAUAGUAUAUUCCACACUUACACUGCUCCAAGAUUCAAAACUUUUUAAAAAGACAGUAGUACAGGAAGAUGCGGAGAAGCCCAGGUCUUCAGGAACUUCUGUCACAGAAAGUAAAGAUGAGAAUGUGUUUUUGGACCCCAUUUCCUUGAAUGCCCGAGAAUACUUCAAUGCCCAUCUGUGGCUGCGGUGCCGCCUAGCCCUUGUGACUGCUUUUGGUGCACAGAUUCGGGGCAUCGGGAUUGUGAAAGAGAACGAUAUGACAGAUUGUUUGAGCCUCAUCAAGGAAGUGUGUGCAGAGGCAACCAGCGCUGACGACACUGAGAUGCAGGCUGAAUUUCUGAUGCAGGCUGUCAUCCUCGGCCUGCAAGAAAAGCAUCUGAAGGCAGACAUCAUAACAAACCUUCAGGAUAUAAUACAUUUGCUUGAAGGAGAUGAGUUUAUUUCUCCUCGAUCUUGGUUAACCCUGGCAAGAAGCCUCGUUUUACUGGAUGACCUAACAAAAGCUGAGAAAUUCAAGCAGCAGCCUCCCUUUUCAAAAAGAGAAAUAUUAAAGUUUCUAACUCAGGCCCACAACAUUCUUAUUGAACAGAUGCUAACUUUUGGAGAAACAAUUGAAUUUCCUUCAUCAAAUACUGAAUAUGCAAAUCCAUUACAGCCUUUGAAAAAUGUCUGGCUUCCUCAUGUCAUGCUAUUGGCCAAAAUAAAAAUGAGAAUUGGACACACCCUGGCCAAGCAAGCACACUGGAGCAGUAAAAGGAAGGAUUCCGCCAAGUGGGUACCUGCUCUGCAUCUUUUUGAGACAGCCUUGAGGCUGUGUAAGACGGCGGCGGUGGAGGAAUGUGAGGUGGAAGCUGAAAUCCUUUUUCAGAAAGGCAAAAUAGAACGUCAAAUAGUGAUGGAAGAGAAAUCCCCAAGUAUGAAAUUUGAGAGUUUAUGUGAAGCUAUACAACUAAGUUUGAAAAAUGACCAAAACUCAGGGUUGAUAAGAGAUUCCUACCUAGAAAUGGCCCUGUUUUGUCUUCAUGGGAUGAUCGUAAAGAGGAGAGUUUCACAAAUGCCACCACCAGUAAAGCUUCCUGUCAGAAGAACCAGUUCUGUUAGAGAGCCAGUAAUAAAUAGAUUUGAAAUGUACAAUUGCAUGGCCUGGAUUGCAAUAAGAGCUGCUGCCCAGGUCAGUGAAGCCGUGCUGGCAGUCAACCUUCUCAUUGGAAAGAAGGAUGCUAGAACCGAUAGGAUUAAUCAGACAGUGUUGCCGAAUGUUCCGGAGUUUGCCAUUGUGGACCUUUUGUCCUCAUACACGGAUUAUUUGCUUGACAACUACCAAGUCAGCUUCCAGACUUGCUACACAUUUUUGUGCCAAAAUGAUGACACACCUGACGGCGCGGACGCCACACAGAACCCUCCACCCACCGUGGACAUCACCUGGGUUCUCCUGCUACGUUACUACAUCCACCUGCAAAGAAUCAAUAACUUCAGCAAGCUUCUAGCAUCUGCAACACCAGGAUCCGGAAUCUCUCUGCCAGAUGAUUCCCUUUUCACAUCGCUUUACAACACUGAACUGAUUGUACGCCAAAAAGAAAUGCAUGUUUUUCUUAAAAAAUUCUUACUUUUAUAUUCUUCUUCUUGUAUUGGUGAAUUCCCGAGAGAACUUCUUCAAGGAUUGGAAACUAUGGCUGAUUCAGAAAAAGUCUUAAAUGAGUUAUCACCCAAGUUAAACCGUGACAGUUCCCUACAGUCUGUUUCAUCUUUGAGGACCUUUGCUUACUUAUCUGUCGCGGACAGGAUGUCAACAGAAAUGACAAUGCAAGUUUUAGACAAAGAACUCUGUUUUCAGUGGUACAUGCCCCCCCUGGACCGCCCGCCCGAGGAAACAGAACCCAUGGUCUUAUUAUUGUAUGCAUAUAGUAUGAAGCCCACGAAGGCUACAGAUAUUAGAAAUUCCACGUCUAACAACGUAUGCGUUGGCUCUUUGUGGCUUCCACUGAAAAGAGUUAUUUCAAUUCAUGAGAAGCUAUCUAAUCUUGCACAAAUAGCUGAGAUAUCAUUGCCAUCAAUUCCUGAAAUUGCUUCAUGUGAAGACAUACGUGACAGAGAAGAAGUGGGGGUGACGGUUGACACAGAUAUGGAACUCAUGAUUGUUGAGUGCUGCUCUGAAAUAAGAGCUCUCUUCACACGUGACAAAGAGCCAGCACAGCUGACGGAGGUCCCAUUUGACAUCUCACUGCCUUCUAUAUUUAACCUUGAGAGACUAUUUGAUCUUGCUAACGGUUGUGUCGUAUCGGGAGGCAGCCUUUACAACUGGAUGGUGUCAAUCAUUCCCUGAACAUCCUUCACCAGGAAUGAAUAAACCUGAGAAACCAAUCAAAAUGUGACAUCAGACAGAAGAAAUUUCAAGCAAUACCUAUCAGCCUUUGGAAAUGUGGUGAGAAGAAACGCUUAGGAGCCAGUAUUUUGUUGCUCGGAAGGUUCCUGUUUGUACUGGAAUCCUACCCGCUUAGGAUGUCCCCAAAUUCCCUGGAAAUUGCUUGAGUUUUCUUCUUACUCUACCAGCCUCCUGUAGUUUCAAAGGUGUUUCGGCUCCUAGUAAGCAGUUUAACGUUCUUCCCUUUUGCUCACAGAUCUGUGCCUCUCUUUGGCUCCCUCUUAGUUUGUCCAAAAGACCUGUUUUCUCCUUUGCUUUGGCUUCCCCAUUCUCUCUUGGGUUUUGAAAAGAAUGAACUUUCAAAUAAAUUCAAACUGCACUCUGCUAAAAAUAA